AUGAGCUUCACAAAGGCCGACCUUCUCUCUGCCCUGGGAAGGAUGGCUGGCAACAAGGCCUUACCGGCCUCCUUUGCCCCGGCCCGACUUUGGAAAUUAGCCUCAGCACAGGUCUGCCAAGCCCUGCUGCCAGCUAUGAAUCUGCAGUCUGCGGAGCUUGAGCCGGAGUGGCAUAAGGUUCAGCUCCACAUGAUACCCAAAGUUGCCAUAGUGCGAGAACCCAAAGCCCUCCGCCCCAUUGCCCUGCUUCACCCUGCCAACAAGCUCCUGGCCACUAUGAUUGCAGACCAGGUGCAAGGCAAAAUUGCAGCAUACCUCUCAGAUGUCCCCCAGUGGGCAUACCUUCCGGGCCGCUCCACAGCCGAUGCCUUAGAAUCUGCAUGCUCCCACCUCCAUCAGGUCAGAUCUCUCGUUCAAGCUAACACACAGACCAUCCCUCAACGCUUCCAAGGCCACACACCACACCAGCUCAUAGGAGGCAUCUCAAUCAGUCUAGACGUCAAGAAAGCCUUUGACAGUCUGUCCCAUGGGUUUCUGGAAGAGGCGAUGCGUGAGGCGCUCUUUAGUGCGCAGGAAAUCUCCCUCAUCCUCCACCUCCACUCCCAUGCCUGUCUUCAGGUCAGUAGUGGAACUGCGAAAGCUUCCGUGUACUUAGGAACAGGGGUGAGACAGGGAUGCUCCCUAUCCCCACUCCUAUGGGCCCUAGCCACAGGCCGAGUCUACAGACUGUACCUGGCGGCUCUCCGAGAGGACUCUCUUCCCGAAGGCCUUACAAACAUGUUUGCGGACGACUUCUUUGGCAGUUGGACAUACAGGAGCCCAGACGCCUUCCGUGCAGCUAUCCGCUCCAUAGGCACAUUAGUCCACACUCUGAAACGAGUUGGCCUUGAAUUGAGCUUGGAAAAGACGGUACUGCUAAUGGCCUCAACAGGCACCAGUGUCUCCUCCGUUGUCGGAGGUUACCGAGUCUACAAGGAGGGAGCCACCUAUCUUCAGAUACCAGUCGGGCAAUCAAGAGUCCUCUUCAAAGUGGUCAGCUCGCAUAAAUACUUGGGAGCGCGCCUCUCCUACCAGGGGUUCGAACUCCUGAACCUGAAACACCGCUUAGCUACUGCAUGGGGUAGCUUCUGGCGCCUUCACUCUAUCCUCAUUAGCCGGGCACUGCCACUGCACACCCGGACUAGGUUAUGGAUGGCUUGUGUCUUCAGUGUUCUUCGUUACUCCCUCCACCAUGUAGGCCUUCCAAAGACAGGCCCCCUCCUCAUUCGACAGGCGGUCCACCGACAGCUCCGAAUGAUCGCACGGUCCCCGGCACACCUCUGGCACGUGCCCUCCAGUGACAUUUUGGUAAGACUCGGGGUCGAGGAUCCUUGGAUGCUGCUCAGUAAGCAAUUUCCAGGAGCUCGAUCCACACAAGCUCCUAUGCACCAGACGCCUCAGCAUCAGCUGUGGAGUCACAAACUCGCUGCCUCCUUCUCCCUGCAACCCCUCGCCACCGAGCCUCCCACUAGCCCCGGCAACUCAGGAUCACAGAUCUCCUUCCCGGCGAGAAGGAUCACCUCUACUGACCAGGACAUCCUGCACUGUGCCAGUGAGCGACGCGUGCAUGCCUAUCGGCUGGGCUCUGCAUAUGCCGACACUGUGACAGGGAGUGUGCCAGAUGGGAAAAAGACCCCCGGUGCUAUCAGUAUUGCCCCAUCUGCAAUCAGCCCGAUGGAUCUCGAGGGGGUCACGAGAGAGGAGUUAGAGGAAGCGGCAGCGGAACUGACCCACCUCCAGACAAUGGCAAUACAAGGCAGGAGACUCUUCGAGCCCCUCCAGUUCUCAGCACCCAGCCAGGCCGCGAUGCCCCUCCCUCUUCCCACUCCUCUGCACUCGGAGGUUCCGGGGGCACAUCCUCCGACAGGCCCCUCCAUUCAGGGUCUCCCCAGUCUCGGAUCACAGCACGAGGAGACGGACCAGCCCUCCAAGUACUCCAGGCCGAACGACAAAGGGCAGGGAGGGAAGGGCCCAAGGAAUGCUCAGCAACCUGCUCGACGACACUUCCCAUCGCGAGCCUCGCAGCCCUCUCAUCCGGGUCCCAGCUCAGCAAGCAGCCCACCCUCCAAGACUAUGGUUUCCUCCAACCUCGUCCUGCAGAUCGCACAGUUGGUGCUGAGGCAUGCCGACGCGAUCAACGCCCUCGAACAAUCCACCACAUGGAUCAUGUUUCAAGGAACGGCGCCCCCCCUCACGGCGGUGGACCUGCAAGCUGCCAUAGCCACGGAAUGGCAUCAGCUCAAAGACAACAACCCUUCGGCAGUGACACAGCCGUUGAGAGUCAUCUUGUGGCAGACCUGGGCCUCGGAGUUGGUGAAAAGGCUUCAGCUCCUGACUACGGAUCAGGAGCGCCGUCAGGAGGCAGUGAAACUCCAGAUAUUGUCGGAGCCGGACUGUUUCAAGUAUGUCAAGUGGAACUCGACCCAGAGACGCCUGGAACCCAUCGAAAGCAUAGCGCCACUGACCUUGUCGGAGAUAGUGGGCAUGCUUCAAGAGACGAUCGUGCUGUGCAAGGAGGACGGCGUUCUCAUCAACUUUCAUCCGAUGAGACGCCUGACUCCCCAGAUGGCAGGCUCGGCAGUGUCGUUCUCUCUACAUCUAGGCCUCAGAGAAUCCCGUGCAUAUCGCUUCUGGACAAUCAUCGAAACCCUAGCUGGAAACUCCUCGCUCCAGCUAGUGGCGACGACGAUUCGUCGCGACAAGCGCGGCCGCUCGCCGCUGGCACAGGCGAUCGAGAAGGAGCUUCGCAAACAGCAGUCACCUUGA